UUUUUUUUUAUUGACCGAAUUCGAUUAUCAUUAUUCAAUCGGUUUGAAAUAUUGAGAAAAAAAAUUCUUCUGAUUCCAUAAACAAUAUGUCAAACAUUUCACAACAACAAGCAACAAAUGAACGAUCACUUCGUUCAGUUUUUGUUGGAAACAUUCCAUACGAUGCAAGUGAAGAAAAACUCAAGGAAAUCUUUUCCGAAGCUGGUCCGGUCAUUAGUUUCAAAUUAGUUUAUGACCGUGAAUCGGGUAAACCAAAAGGUUAUGGAUUCUGUGAAUAUCGUGAUCAAGAAACGGCAUUAUCGGCUAUGCGAAAUCUAAAUACUUAUGAAUUGAAUGGCCGUAAUCUUCGUGUGGAUACGGCCACAAAUGAACGUUUUAAAGAGGAGAUAAAAAACCUACAAAUGUCAUUAUCGGGAUCAUUUGAAUCACCAUAUGGACAAGAAGUGGAACCUGAUAAAGCACCUGAACAGAUAGCAAAAGUGGUCAGUUCAUUACCACCAGAACAAAUGUUCGAAAUUGCUAAACAAAUGAAACAUUGUGUUCUUACGAAUCCAAAUGAAGCGAGAAAUAUGCUACUGCAGAAUCCACAAUUAGCUUAUGCAUUACUUCAGCUAUUGGUUGUAAUGCGUGCUAUCGAUGUACAAACUGCUUCAUCCAUUCUAUACAAACCAAAUCCACCACCGAUGCCAAUUCAACCAGCGGCAAACAUUCCAACCCCGGGAAUGCCACCAGCUUCACAUAUGGUUAUGCCAAUGUCACAACAGCCACCGAUGAUACAUCCGAAUCUUUAUGACCCAAAUAUUGUAGCCGCUGUACAGCAACCACCACCAUCGAUGGCUCAAAAUCCAUUCGAUCCACGAUUAGAUCCACGUCUUCGACAACAACAGCAACAAGCGCAACCACCUACCGAGGCAUUUGAUCCAAGAAUUGUUCAACAACAACCUCAGCCAACACAAACUGUUGUCACGGCUGCUCCACCUCCAUUAGAUCCAAGAUUACGUGUUCAAAUUCCCACGGUAGCAUCCACAGCAAAUGCUAUUGCUCCUGUCGUAACUGUAACACCAAAUCCUCGUGGACCACAACCACCUGGUCCGAUAAGACCAACAACAGGGGGUGUUUUAUUCAAUCAACAACCAUCGCAACUUUCAUCGGCUAUAACUUCAGCUCAAGUUCCAACAUCGAACCAACCACCAGCAUCAACAUCAUCAUCAUCAUCAACAUCAUCGACAAUACAGACAAAUAAUAAUCAAUCUACAAUGAAUCAAUCGGAACAGGAAAAAGCACAACUAAUUAUGCAAGUAUUAUCAUUAUCUGAUCAACAGAUAAAUAUGUUACCGGCAGAUCAAAGACAAUCGAUAUUAAUGUUACGGCAACAAUUACAGCAACAAAAUAAAUAAAUAUAAAAUAAUUUGGCCAAAUGUGAAUAAAGUAAUGACAAGAUAAAAUAACGAUAAAAAUGAUACAUGAUAAUUAAUUUAUUAUCAUUUUCACACAUCACAUCAAUCAAUCAAUCAAUCAAAAUUGA